AUGGAUGUUUGGCCGGAAUUUCUGAGGAUCAGUUGGGGUCGGGAGUUUUUGGCCGGCAGCAUUGGCGGCACCGCCGGUGUCCUGACGGGUUAUCCACUCGACACAUUGAGAAUAUGGCAACAACACUCGAGCAAAGAAUCGGCAUUUGCUAUACUACACCAUGAGGGACCGUUCGCACUUUUUUGUGGCAUGUUUGCUCCCCUCGCUUCAAUCUCCUUUCAGAACGCUAUUGUUUUCCAAUCUUACGCUACUUUGUCGCGAGCAUUCGACACGAACAUCACAACAGUCGAACCACCGUCGUACAAAGGAGUUGCGCUCGGAGGAAUAGGAGCGGGAGCCAUACAAAGUCUGGUCAUAACCCCAAUCGAGCUAAUCAAAAUUCGCCUACAAUUGCAAAGAAAAACCGAGAACAAUAUCAACCAAUCGGGUCUACUAGACGUAACACGAAACAUACUUAAAAAACAAGGUUGGAGAGGAAUGUACCACGGACUAUGCAUUACAUUACUCAGAGACACACCGUCUCACGGUGUAUAUUUUUGGACAUACGAGUUUGCGCGAGAACAAAUCCAUCCAGGAUGUAGGAAAAACGGACAAGAAUCGUUCGCGACUAUGCUUUUUUCGGGCGGUCUUGCGGGAGUUACAAGUUGGAUUAGUUGUUAUCCUUUUGAUGUGCUCAAGACAAGAAUUCAAGCACAAUCGAAAUAUUGUGGGGUAUUUGAUUCAUUUAAAAGAUGUGUCGAGCAAGAUGGAUAUUGUGUGUUGUGGAGAGGUAUAUGGAUGACACUUUCUAGGGCCUUCAUCGUGAAUGGUGCAGUUUUUAUGUCCUAUGAGGGAGCUAUGAGAUUCAUAUCCAACAACAACGAUGAUAUAUAA